UCCAUGAACGAUCCUCUCAAGGCGAACCAUACUUUCAAUGACCAUUCUACUUAUCUCCAUAGGAGGGAUACUCUGUGGAAGACAGAGAAUGAAUAUAAGGAUCCUGAGAAGAAAUAAUGAAAGGAAGCAGUUGAUCGUCAAGGAGCUGCUACCCUUCUUUGAGAGGAACAAUCAUGGAGUCACCACAAUGCAGUUUAAACAGUAUCUUGAUUCUCGCUGCAAAAAUGGCAAGUAUAACCCAGAGAUGGUCAAAAGUGUAUUUGACAGAAUGAACGAACAUGUUGACAUUGAGAGAGGCUCUAAGAAAAUUUCUGUAGACUACCUUAAUGAAUUCAGUGAUGCCUUUAUCGAGGUCGAGGAGAUCUAUAAAAGAAAGCAGCUUGAAAUUUUAAGCAAAAAGAACAUGCACACAGACCAGAGAUAUGAAUUUGAAGAUCGGUAUAAGGAAGCAAAGGCUAUAGAGAAAACUAAUGAUCAUGGAAUCAUGGAAGGAUCUUAUCUUACUGUCAGAGUUGUAGAAGCCCGGAAUUUAAAACCAAUGGAUAAUAAUAACAGCUCUGAUCCUUAUGCGGUAGUGUCUAUUGAAGACCAGAAAGAAGAAACUCAGUUCAUUGAGUCUAAUCUAAAUCCUAAAUGGGACGAAACUUUUAAAUUUGAAAUCAGAACGGGAAAACAUCAGCUUGUGAUUCUUGUCCUAGAUAGAGAUUUAUAUGCAGCAGAUGAUUUCCAGGGUAAGUUGACCCUAGACAUCAUGGACUUUAAGGACCAAAUGAAGGUAGACAAAUGGUUUGAUUUACAUUCAACUAAUCCCCAUGAACCAUGGCAGGGAGAAAUUAGAAUAGAAAUUCAAUGGAUUCAUUCCAGAAUAAAAUUUUUUGAAGACUUACUCCACAGACUUGACCAGAUAGUUGUUGAUGACAACAAGCAGAGAAAUGAAGUUGAGAAAUCUCUCAAAGAACUUAGAGCUCCAUUUGGUUUCCUUGAAUAUCUUGAUUAUGGACACUUCGAAGAUAAUGAUGUUCAUAGAGCAAAAGAUGCAGCUUCAGGAAGAUUAGGACCACAAUUAAGCCACUUUGAGAAGAAAAUGGCAGUUCGUCUUGAUGAAAUGGCAGAUAAUAUCGGUUUUAGACAGCCUCCAUGGUAUCGUUGGUUGGUAAUUCUCACACUUCUCUAUGUGUUCCUGACUCUAUGUACCUGAUUUGCGAUUCCUAAUUUCAUUGAUUUGACUUUUUCAUCUCUUACAAUGUUUAUGAUUGAACCACUGACUUUGACUAAAGGAAGUUUUAGGACUUUACUAUUAGGAGUGUUCAUAUCAUUUUUCUAUGACAUUAUCCACCUCAUCCUCAGGAGUGGAUACUACUGGAACUUUGAGCUAUUCUACAAUGACCCUGAGAAAUCAGUCUGAAGAUUCUCUCUCAUCUGAGCAUACCUACUUCUUCUUGUAAAGUUCUUCCAAAUGUUUGUCAUGUGGAAAGUCUCAGUCGAUUAUGAUGAAGUCAUGAGGUACAAAAAUAGAAACAAAGCACUUGAUUUUGAAGGAGAAUCUGAAAACUUUAGUAGAGAUAGCGAUUCCAGAAGACUUGAGAAUACUGUUUAUAACUACUAAAGCUAUUUGAAGUGUUGAUAUUCCUAGGUUCAAUAAUA